AUGACGACUCUCCAUGAAGCCGCCGCUCAGGGCAGCCUCGCCGACCUUGUGUCGCUUAUUGAGUUUUUCAAGUCCACUGAUCCCAAGUUCACCAUUGAUCAACUCGAUGGCAGAGGUCGUACGGCCCUCAGCCACGCUGCAUCGAAAGGCCAUGUCCAUGUCGUCAAGUUUCUGCUCGAUCAGGGGGCAAAUGUCAAUGCCAAAGACAACAAAGAUCGAACAGUGCUCUGGCACGCUUCUGAGAGUCAUUCCUCCGUCAGCAGACAACAGAGGUUUGUUACCGUCGAGACUCUCUUGGAGAACAAGGCCGACCCCAAUAUACUGGCUUCCGAUGGCUCCAGUGCACUCUCCAAGUUCGUCGAGCAUCGCGAGCCUACCGUCAUCAAGCUUCUACAAGACUAUCACGCCACGACGGAGCACAAGGUCAAAAAAGGUUCAAAGCUCAUCAGCAUUGAGGAGCUCGCAAGGGCUACGAAGGAUUCUGAAGUGAUUGAUGCCAUAGUACGGGGGCCAGAUCAAGCCGCGAGGAAGGACGAGGUCGUGGGUGAGAUUGUCAACUAUUUUCUCAGAUCGAUUGGAUACAUGAACACCACCCUUGGAGACGUGGUCAGAAAAUGGUUCGGCAUCGGCGGCAACCUGCAGGCUCCCCUCAAGUGCGUACCCGUGGAGCGAGAUCUUAGCGACUCGGACAGUGACAGAGAUAUCCCACAUGAAGAGAACAGAGUCGAGCCUCCUCCAAGCAGGAUCUACGGCAAUUCAGGCAUGAACGGUACUCUUGGACUCACAGAUGCUGCUGACUUCAGCACAUUGGCGAUUGGGAAUGACCAAGACGAUGAUGUUGUUGACGAUGUUCCUCUUGUGUCAGAGAUCUCAGCAAAGACUACACCGCAACAGUUCCAGGCAAGCAUGAUGAAAUUCAUUAAUGAGACUGGCCUGGGAUACUUCUUUGAGGAAGGCAAUAAGUUCCUGGAAGACGUUGCCAACAAAGCAGCUGAGCUUGAGGGCAGGGAGGGCGAGGUGCUCAAUACCAAAGAAGCCAUCCAGGACAUAACCAAGCUCGCACUCUACCAGCCAGUCUUUUACUGCGGUAACACUUCCAUGAAGUCGGGCACCCGCGCUCGCGAUCAGAUCCGCCUUGUUCGACGAGUUGCCCGAAUCUCUACACUGUUGGUGCCUGACGACUGUGGAACAGAACUGCAGUUCAUCAACAGGAAACGUACGCCAGAUAAGACUCUCAAGGCAGAACAAGUGGAAGAGAUCAUGCAAUCUGUCGAGCCUCGUGGCAAUACUAAGAUUGGCACCAAUCUCGAGCGAAGAAUUCUCAAUCCUCUGCUCUAUGACGUCGUUCACAGCGGGGGAAAGGUGGAAAGACCUAUUCUUGUUUCUUGCAUCACAGAUGGCUGUGCCAGUGGUGAGCCUUCAUCUGAGUUCAAGAAUACGAUCGUCAGAUGCCUUAAGUUCCUCAAAGAACACGAGUACCCGCUCACAACUGUGCGAUUUCAGAUCAGCCAGAUCGGUAACGACUCUGGCGCUGAAUCCUUCCUUGAUCAGCUUAGGAAUGACCCCGUUCUGAAGGAUGUGCUCUUCUGUACUACCCAACGGCUUGAUGAGGAGUACAAGAAACUCAAGGAGAACGACGAGGAUCUCGAAAGAUGGCUCUUGCAAACGCUCAUGGGACCAAUCCUAAGUCUCGGGAGCAAAUAA